UAUUUGUAUAACUCAGAUGAAGUAGGCAUUUAAACCUAAACGGCGAAACCGAUUCAAACAAGAAAUUCUCAUAACUUAUUAUCAAUCAUCGUUAUUAUUAUAUUUUUGUUCAUAGAAAAGAGUUCUCUCAACGCCAACAAUCCUAACUCAUCAGAUUACACCGCCAAGUGACAAGAAAAAUUCUGCGUAUAAAACAAGAACAGAGUGAAUUGAAACACCAAGCUGCGAAUAGAAGGUUUAAUACACCAAGCUUACAUCCUUGUAAUCGUAAGGAGAAAUCACCGAAAACAUGCGUAGCUGCGGCUUGGCUUUAUCAGGCACCGAUUCACGUUGCUAUUUUCCGGCGACGCCUCCGAUUUUCUCUCCAAGAAGAGCCUCAAAUUCGCAGGUUUCCUUCCUUAAAUCGCCACGACCUCCUUCUGCUUGCGUCAGAGUAAAGGCCGCUUUCAUAAACGAUGCGGUAGUCUCCGACGCCGUUGAGGUGAGCUUCUAUGAGCUUUUAGGAGUACCGGAGUCCGGAUCGAUGCUGGAGAUUAAGCAGGCCUACAAGCAGAUGGCUCUCAAAUAUCAUCCGGACGUUUCACCCCCGGGCCGGAUCGAGGAGUAUACUAGGAAGUUCAUCAAGCUUCAGGAGGCGUAUGAGACGUUGUCCGAUCCUAACAUGAGAGCUUUGUAUGAUAGAGACUUGGCCAGAGGUCUUCAAUUUGCUUUCUCUUCUCGAAAACGCUGCUACGACCAUGAGGAAAUGGAAGAAAAAAGUGGGUGGAGGAACCGUUGGCAGGAUCAGCUAUCAGGAUUGAAGAGAAGAAGCAUGAACAGAGAUUCAAAAGCAAACAUGUCGUGGGGAGCUCGAAUGCGCAGGGAAAGGGACGAGAUUCACAAGGAGGAUGCGUAAUUCGGUUCUUAACCUGCUCUAAACUUUCAACCUCCCUGCACAUAGCUAAGAUAAUAAUAUAGAAUAGCUAGAUACAAUACCUUAGCACUCUUUAAACGCUUGGUUCACUAAUAACUGGAACUUCUUCUUCCUCUAUGAAACUCAGUUGCUUAGAGUCUGCAUAUUAGGAAGUAAGUUGUUCCAAAUGUAAAUCACUAGAAACGAACUUAGUAGUGAAUGUGUAUAUAUAUAUAUAUAUAUAUAUAUGGUAAGUAUAGUAUCUUAGAAUAAAUCUAUCAAUGUUUAUUUUAA